AGUUAUAAAAAAAAGUUGUAAUCCAAUUUCAGAUGACAAUCAGAAAAAACAAGAUAAUUUUUGGGAUUCAAGAUGAGAAGUGAAUCUUAUUAAAUUUCAUAAAAUAUCCCUGAAGAAAUUUUGAAUUAGAUUUAAGAUGCUACGAAGUUGCAUAUGCCUGAAGAAGGAACGAAGAGAUUCGCAAAAUUCUUCAACUUCUUCAUGUCGGUCUUCAGAAAUUGAAAGAAAUGCAGCAGCAAUCAGUAACUCUUCAAAUGAACGUGAAUCACGAAGUUUGAUGAAAUUUUUAAGUUCAUCGAUUUGCUUUCGCGUGAUUCGAUCACCCCGACGAGGAUUGUCGAUGACAAAGGUAGAACGAGUUAUCAAGGCCACACUUUUGAUUCAAAGAUGGUAUCGUCGUUAUAUGGCAAGAGUCGAAAUGAAACGACGUUAUACAUGGACAAUCUUCCAGAACAUCGAAUAUUCAGCAGAACAAGAUCAAGUACGAUUGUACAAUUUUUUCAACGAUCUAUUAAUGCAUAUGCCCGAAGCUGCCAAACAAAUCAAAGAGCAAGAUCAGAUGUCUACAUCUUCAGCUGAAUCUUUAGACGAUGACUUUCUUGAUGAGUCCGAUGAUUCGCUUGACGAAGGUAUUGACGAGCCUAAAGUUUACAAAGGUCCACAUCUCAAUAUUCCAUUUGAAAAGCAAGAUCUUGACAUGCUAAUCAAUUUGUUUCGUAAGAGAAAAUACAAACUUCAUGCGAGAUAUGUCGCAAUGAUUCUUCGUGAAGGUGCAAAAAAACUGAGGCGUCUUGACAACAUCAACAAAGCUUCAACUGAAGUGAAAGGUUCGAAAACUGUGACGGUUGUUGGUGAUUUACAUGGAAAACUUGACGAUUUGCUUGUGAUUCUUUACAAGAACGGUUUGCCAUCGCACACAAAUUGCUAUGUUUUCAACGGCGACUUUGUAGAUCGUGGAAAGAAAAGUUUAGAAGUUCUUCUUAUCCUUCUUGUUUGCUUUAUUAUUUUUCCCGGCUGUGUGAUGUUGAAUCGUGGCAAUCAUGAAGAUGCUGUGAUGAAUCAUCGUUACGGAUUUACAAGAGAAGUCCAUCAAAAGUAUCGACAUAAUGCUGAUAAAUUGCUAAAGUUGAUUGAUCAAGUGUAUCGACAUUUACCACUUGGUACUCUUAUUAACAACAAGAUUUUUGUUGUUCAUGGUGGAAUUUCAGAGUCAACUGACUUGAAUCUUAUAGCAAGUGUUAGACGAUCAAAGUAUGUUUCAAUUCUUCGACCACCAACGCAACCAAAAGAUGACAGUGAUUCAAAAAUUGAGUGGAAGCAAGUCAUUGACAUUCUUUGGAGUGAUCCAGUUAUGACAGAUGCAGUUAGUCCAAUGCCAAAUAAACGUGGAGCUGGGGAAUGCUUUGGACCUGAAACCACCAACAAAUUCCUACAACGACAUAAUUUAACCACACUAGUUAGAUCGCAUGAAUGCAAAAGCGAAGGAUACGAGAUUGUCCACAAUGGAAAUGUGAUAACAGUCUUCUCAGCAUCAAACUACUACGAGAUUGGCAGCAAUAAAGGCGCUUAUAUCAAGUUUGGUGCAAAUUCCGAUCGAUAUUUUGUUCAAUUCACUGCAGCGGCUUCAAAAACAAGAAAAUUAACAUUCAGACAGCAAGUCGAUAACGUAGAGAAAUCUGCGAUUCGAGAGUUAAAAGAGAAACUCAGAGAACAAAAGACACAACUUCAAAAAGAAUUUAAAGAAAGAGAUUCUGACAACACUGGUCGCAUCUCAUUGUGCCAAUGGUCAGAAGCAAUGGAAGCAGUCACAAAUUUCAAACUUCCAUGGCGUUUGUUACGUGAAAAACUCGCCACAGUAAAUAAGAACAACGAGAUUGUUUAUUCAACAACCCUCCAAAUGAUAGAAGAAGAUGACAUUAAAAUCGUAGCUAACGGAACUGAAAACUUGAUCGAUACAAUGUACACAAAUAGAGAAAACUUGGAGGCCAUAUUUCGUAUGAUGGACUUGGAUUCAAAUGGAUUAAUAUCGAUAGAUGAAUUCAAACAAGCUUGCGAAUUAUUGUCAGGUUAUCUUCCUAACUACAACGUAGAUCAAAUGUUGGAAAAUUGUCGAAUGAUGGACAUGAACAAAGAUUCUCAUGUUGACUUGAACGAGUUUCUUGAGGCAUUCCGACUCUGUCAACAAUUUCAUGGCAGUAAAGAAAUUGAAAAAAUCCCAUCAAAAGAAGGAUCAGCAAGGUGUUUGAUAAAUAAUUCAGAGGAUGACAACGAAAAAGUUGAGGUACAAGUUGACGAGUAUGAGAUAAGCGAGAUGAAAGAAUGUUUGAAUACGGGUGGGCAGUUGAAAAAAUCUCCGUCCAUUCGUUCUGUCGUAUCUGUUGAAUCACUGGGCCAAACUGGACAAACUCAAGAUCAAAAGCAAGAAGUUGAAACCGAUAAAAUAGAUAACAACGAUGACGAUGGACUUUUGAAAAAUAAUUGAACAAUCGAGAAGGGAGAUUUUGUUCGUGCUCUGCAAAAUUGAAAAGAAAUCAAAUUUCCAGGUGAAUAAUUAAAAAAAGAAGAAGAAAAAAACAAAUCAGAUAAAUCAAAUUUAAAUUGCUUUAAUUGUGACGCUUUGAAAUUUUUGAAGACUUAAAGUUUUAUCAUAAGAAAAAUUUUAACCAUCAUCGAUAACAUAUUUAAAAAUGAAAAGUUUCUUUUUUUAUUAUUAAGAUAUUAAACGAAAGAGGAAAUGUCAAAUAAAAGUUUUAUAAAGACCUUAGAAAGAAUCAACAGAUAAAUUUCUUUUAAAAUGUUUCUCAACUUAACAGAAGUCAGA